UGUGUGGCCAAGAGGCGGGAACAGGUGGAUGCGGAAGUGAAUGGGAAGGGGAGGCGCUACUUACGGCCGUUGGUCGCGCGCGAUGGGCGGGCCGAGUGGAACGUGCGGCCGUUAACCGCCACCCGCCGGGUAACGGCAAAGGUUGAGAUCGCAAAGUGCGCGUGCGCCGAUCCACAGUGACGGUCCAGUCGAGGCCUGCGAAGCGGCGGCCUCCGUCAGAACUAGGGGUUCCGCGCAGCUCUGUCUCUCCCUCUCUACCCUCCACGCUGAUCCGAUGGAAGGGGGCAAUCGCCAUGGCGCCCGGCUGUGACCAUGGAGGCCGCAGGGAGCCUGGGACCCGGGGAGCCACAGCCUCCCAGCACUGCUGAAGGAGCGGCGCCGAUGAAGAGGAGCGGGGGGGAAACGGCCUCCGAGGCGAAGAGCGUGGGAUUUGUGCUUGUGCAUGCAGGGGCAGGCUAUCAUUCUGAGUCGAAAGCCAAGGAGUAUAAACAAGUGUGUAAGAAAGCUUGCCAAAAGGCAAUAGAGAAGCUUCAAGCUGGAGUUCUAGCUGUUGAUGUAGUUACAGCAGCUCUUAUUGAGCUUGAGGACUCUCCUUUCACCAAUGCAGGCAUGGGAUCCAAUCUCAAUCUAUCAGGGGAUAUAGAAUGUGAUGCCAGUACAAUGGAUGGAAAGUCCUUGAAUUUCGGGGCUGUUGGAGCACUCAGGGGGGUCAAGAAUCCAAUCUUAGUUGCAAAUAAACUGUUAAGUGAAGCACAGAAGGGGAAGCUCUCUGCUGGCAGAAUUCCUCCCUGUUUUUUAGUUGGAGAAGGGGCUUACAAAUGGGCAGUGGAUCAUGGAAUUGUGCCGUAUCCUCCUGACAUGAUGGCAACAAAGUUCAGCUUAUCUGCAUUUAGGAAAAACAGACGAAAGCUGGAGCUUGCAGAGAAGGUGGAAACAGAAAUGAUUCAGACAAAGAAGAGAAGAGAAGUGUCUGAAAACACUAAUGACACAGCUUCACUAGAUACUGUUGGGGCAGUAGUUGUGGAUCAUGAAGGAAAUGUUGCUGCUGCUGUUUCCAGUGGUGGGUUGGCAAUGAAGCAUCCUGGGAGAGUUGGUCAAGCAGCUGUGUAUGGCUGUGGGUGCUGGGCAGAGAAUACAAGUGGUCCUAAUGUGUAUUCUACAGCUGUGAGUACAUCAGGUUGUGGAGAGCACCUUGUGCGAACUAUGUUGGCUCGGGAAUGUUCAGUGGCCCUACAAGCAGAAGAUGCCCACCAGGCAUUGCUGGAAACUAUGCAAAAAAAGUUUAUUCGUUCACCAUUCCUCGCCCAUGAAGACUCUGUCUUAGGAGGAGUAAUUGUUCUUCGCUGCUGCAAAUGCUCAUUAGAAUCUGAAUCAUCAAUAAACACUCAACCUCUCCUAGUUGAGUUUUUAUGGAGUCAUACCACUGAGAGUAUGUGUGUUGGGUAUAUGUCAACUCAAGAUGGCAAAGCAAAGGAUAUCAGCUUUGUCCAGUUGACCCAAAGACUCACAUUUCAAGGCUUCCACCAGGAGCUGUGGCUGGGCAAUCAUUAGCAAUAGAAGGGGGUGUUUGCCGGCUUCGAAGUCCUAUGACCUGAGCACGCUUGAUGACUUAAUGGCACCACACCGCAGUCUCAGAUGGACUAUCCAGCUAUAGUGUAUUUUGUAUAUUUUAAUUAUGUAAAUGAUUUUGAGAGUUUUAUCUUUUUUGAUACAGUAAUUGCACUUUGUACUUUACGUAUCCUGAUUGUGCUGAUAAGUGCUGCUUUAUUCUGAGCAUAUCAUCUCUGCUUAAAUUGAAGAUGAUUUCUAGAAUACUCGUCCCAUUUGUUGAAAAGAAAUGCCUGAUACAGAGUGUCGCUAACAUACUAAUGUGAAAGAGCCCUUCUGUGCAGUUUACUUGAAUUUCAUUUAAAGCAUUGCAUUCCACAUUUGCCACCUGAAAGAUUCCGGUAUAUCUAUACACUGUAUUUAGUAGUUAUUGUGGUGUCUAACUUCGAUAAUAUUGGUUUCACUUCGUAAAGUAACUAUUUAUUUAGUCAAUAAUCACAUGUACCUACCUUGGGGCUGCUAGUCAAUCUGAGGUUUAUUUGCAAGGGAAGCAUUUACAAGGGGAAUUAUAACAGAUGUGAUUGUAACACAAAUCUUUAAAUGCUAAGCUUAAUGUAAACUGUUGACUGUGUACUACUGGUACUAUCAUGCAGGACAUGAUCCUGAAUUCAUCAGCAGUUUUGGUUGAAAAAUAGUGGCAUGUAAUGUAGGUGGAAAAUUAUAUACUAAAGAUUUAAAUAGUAAAACUACGCAUUUAACAGGACUCUGUGCAAUGGGUGUAGGUCCUCAAUGUUCUUUAUUUUUGUUUUAAAUUGCUUACAAUUAACAGUCAUUGGUAUACACUGAAAUCAAAUUGACUGCAUCAUGAUAUCCUGUCAAAGAGUACGUCUUCCACAUUUUCUUUAAUUACAUCGUUCAAAGGCUGGUGUGUGCAGACACUUGUUUCUGCUGCUUUUGCAUAUGGACAUCUUUUGAAUAGGGCCACCUGAUGUGCUGGAUCUGUGUAGCGCACAAUGCCACUUCAUCUUUCAGAAUCCAUCCUGUUUACUUUAGGAGAUGUUGCUGUGCUCUAUAGUUGAGCUUCUUUAUAACAGAUCGAUAAAUUAUGUCUCCUUUUCAGAACCUUUUUUCUGUUAUUCUGAACGAUCCUACUGUAAGCAGUAGAAAAGCUGAGAACCAUUGUUAAUGAAUCAGUCUCUUAAGAGUUUAGCCUGUUGAGGUUUGACUGUACUGAUGUAUUAAACCUAAGGUAGUCGUUAUUUGUGGAUUCAGGACAAUCGUGGUGGCGAGUAAGUUAAAAUGUAUAAUGCUAAAUAAAUUAUACAUCUUUGGAAAAUUAAAUUACAAUAUUUAAUCAUA